GUCGCAGUCCUUACAAGUUGCGAGUGUAGUAAGCCAAAUACCGUCCGAACGCUGGAACGCGACAGCUGCGAACGUUACAGGUGACAACGCCUGCGUGUGUUUCCAGCCCAUCAGCCCGAGCCAUGACCGAGAUCCGCACGUCUUCGAUCGCAUAAGAACGGAACGGUAUCAGUCGGCAACGACGUCAGCGCUCUCUCCCACCAGUCCAACGAUGUCUCUCCCCACGAAAACCGCACUCAUCAUAGGUGCCACAGGCCAGGUCGGCGGCUACCUGCUCAAGGAUCUGCUCUCCAGCCCGGCGUACUCGAAAGUCGGCGAGUACGGACGGCGCGUGACCAAGCUCGACGGCCUGCCCGCGACGGAGAAGCUCGAGCAGAAGACGAUUGAUUUCGAGAAGCUCGACGAGGCGGGGCUGGCCGAGGGCAAGUGGGACGUCGUGUUCAUCACCAUGGGCACCACCGCGAAGAACGCUGGGAGCUCGGCUGCGUUCGAGAAGAUUGACCGCGAAUAUGUGGUCAAUGCUGCCAAGGCGGCGAAGGUGGCGGGCACAUCCCAGCGUCUGGUGUAUGUCUCGUCCAUCGGCUCGAACCCCAAAUCCUCGUUCCUCUAUCCGCGCAGCAAGGGGCUGACCGAGCUGGGUCUGGCUGCCUUGGGCUACGACGACACCAUCGUCUUCCGUCCUGGGCAUCUCGGCGGGACCAACCGCCCGGAAUCACGACCGGCGGAGGCUAUUGGCGGAAUGGUGAUCGGCCUCCUGGGCAAGUUCUCGUCCGACUGGGGUAUCGGUAUCUCUACGCUCGCGAAGAGUCUGCUGAUAGCGGGACGACUCGGUUCGUCUGGUCUUCCCCCCGCUGCGAAAGCGACCACCGCUGGGGAGGAGGGUGCCAAGUUCACGUUGAUCACCAACGCGGGCGCGCUCGCGCUCGCCGCACACGAAUGAUAGAUAGAUGUCAUAUUAUCGUACAAUAUAUGAUGUACAUUCCAAUGCUACAUAAUUCAGUAAGAUACAGACAUAGAUAGCAGAGAGAUUAGCAGCAGGGCCCGGACGGCUAGGUGGCGUUCUUGGAUCGCAUGGAACGGCUGAGGGUCGGAGCGGGGAAAGGCAGAGAGUAGCGUUUUGUCAGAGUUUUGAGUCGUUGGAGGGAUCCCAUCUUGACAUGGCCCCGUUCUCGCAUCAUCAACUGGUCGACCCGUUCGGCUGGCGUUUUCGGAGUGUCUUGUAGCAGCCAAAUGGACGGUAUAGACGGAUUCGAGGGUGCUGAGGUCAGAUCAGGAGUCUGAGCAAAGUGACAGAUGAGUGGUCCCUACCUUCGAUGGCAAAAGGAUGCUGGUGGUCCAGCGAGAAUUGCGAACGGCGCGGUGUGACCAGUUCGGUUUCGACGGCACUUCUUCGCGGCAUGAUCUGGAUGUCGUCCCGCGUCUGCUGGACCGGCACCAGACGCAGGGGUGGUGUGUCUGUCACCACUGAGAGAUCUUCGAUGCUGGUUCGUUUCUUCUUCUGAGAACCUGCUGCCUUGGAAUCGUCCGCUUCUGAAUCCGACGCCGGGCCAAAGUCCAGAAAAGACUCGACGACCGACCUAUGAUCGGGACCGACACUUGAACUGCUCGAGGCACUGAGAGACGGCAGUAAUGGCACAGGAGGCUCGGGGCCUUUGCUGCUCUUGGGGAGACGGAGACUACCCAUCGAAGUUCGCACGCUGCGUCUCCGCGCUGCGGAAACACUGUCCACUCGACUGGUCUCGUUCCCCCGUUGACUGCGAUGCGUGCGAGAGCUUUUGCCACUGCGGACACUGACGGCGUCGCUUUGCGGCAUCGGGAUACCCAUGAACGGGGUCACAGGCGUGUCAACGGGACUGACAGGCGACUCGGGCAUCUCCGCUUCCUUGGCAGCCAGGUCAAGGAGGUCUUCGAGUUCUGAGGCACUGGGUGUCGGCAACAUGUCUUGAGCGGGUUGCGCCGGAGAACAGUCGUCCGUCUCCGUCCAGGCCGUCGUCUGCUCUAUGCGCUCGAUGGGCGAAGUGAUGAACAUGGUGGGGGACACGGGUGACAUGGGAGACGCGGGCGUGGCUGCGUCGGAGGCCAUGCGCGAAACGAUGUCAAGGCUGAGCAUCUCUUUCUGACCCAGCAAUCGCACACUGGACGAUGCCGAAGCUGAUUUGCGGUGAUUCAACGAAAUCACCUCUGCGACUUCGAUCACGGCCUCUCCUUCGUCAUCAGAACCAGCUGCCUCAAACUCAUCAAGCUCCUUUGCGAGCGUUUCAGCCUGGCCCCAUGCAUCGUUCAAUUCGGCCUCCAGGGUCGCAAUCUUUGCACGUGCAUUGAGCAAAUCUGACGUUCGCCGGCCGUAACUAGCGUUGAGCUGAUACACAGAUCAGAAUCGAGGCAACAACACGUCAGACGAGCCCACAGACCUUCCGCAGUGCAAUGGCGAGCGCACUGGCCCAGUGGACGUCCUGCAAACUGGUGAUCUGGCCCAUCUGAUCUGCGAUCUGCAGAAGCUGCUCCAACAGCUGGUCGCACUCCGACGUCACUUCUGAGAGCUGACUCGUAAGCUUUGCCAUGAGCUCCGCAUCGCUGUCUUGGUUUUGACAGCCAGAUGCCGAGUGCAGCGCUUGCAGCAGCAUCGUCCGCCGCUGCAUAUUGAAUCGGUACUUGGCUUGCAGGGUCGAUUUCGAGGCGGUCAGGCGUUCGAGUUCGGACGGAAGGACGCGAUCGAGAUUCUCGACAGACAGAACGCGGAUGAAUGAUUCGCGGGAGGAGCCCCGGAUGGCACGCGACACGAUGUCCUGCCAUGUAUGCAUUCAGUAGUGAUGACGAAACCAGGUUGGAAUACACCCACCUGCAGCUCCCUCGAAUCGAAUGUCCCUGAAACUGAUUCAGUGGGGGCGGGUUGGGCAUUUGAAUAGGCACGAACAUAACGCGGCUUCGAGUGGCAGCCCCUUCCACUUGACAGGAACGGACUCGAAACUGAUCUGCACCGGAGGAGCGAGCGGGACCAUCUUGGGUGCGGACACGACGGUGGGCGCGGGCGAAUCUGCUGGUAGCGGUGUUGUUGUUGGUGCCGGUGCUGGUGUCGGUGUCGGUGUCGCAGCGGGGAGUGGUUCUGGGGCCUCCGAAAUGGACGGAGGGGGCUCAGAUGCGUACGUGCGCGGCGAGGACUUGGCGUCUGAGGACCCUGAUAACGUGGAGUACGGAGUCGUCGGCCGCUCGGUGUACUGAGGCAAAGGCCCUGGGGGAUACGCCAUGGACUGGCCGGGGGUGGGAGACCUGAUCGUCUCGGCAGGGAGUAUGGAAUUGCGCGACGAAACGUUGCGCGACCGGGGACCCAUCGGCACUGCAGGCGAUCGGCCUCGCAGGGAUGGCCGUCGUACCAUGGGCGACAACGGCGGAUCCAUGCUGCACAGAGGGAGCGCGUCAAUUCGGGACAGACAGAAUCAAUCAUCAAAUGAUGAGACGUCAAUGUCACUUUCUAAAUCCGGAAAGAGACCAUUAUAAUAUAAGGCGGUAAGGCCGACAAGCGGCAGGGCCCGGUCCCUUGUUUGGUAAAUAUUAGUAGUUAGGACAUUCUAUAUGAUAAAAACAAUCUUUAUUCUUUAGUUGCAGAUGCAGA